AUGGAGGCUAUCAAGCAGACUUUUGCCCGCUGCAAGGCGCAGAACCGACCGGCGCUGGUUACAUAUGUGACUGCGGGAUACCCACGACCGGAGGAUACUCCUGGCAUCUUGCUGGCUAUGGAGAAGGGAGGAGCUGAUGUCCUUGAACUCGGAGCUCCUUUUACCGAUCCCAUUGCCGACGGACCGACUAUCCAAACCGCGAACACGAUUGCUCUGAAUAAUGGCGUUAGCAUCGAGUCUACCUUGGCCAUGGUCAAGGAGGCCAGGUCCCGCGGCUUGAAGGCCCCAGUUAUGCUCAUGGGAUACUAUAACCCCCUUCUUAGCUACGGCGAGGAGCGUCUGCUGCAAGAUUGCCAGAGCUCCGGCGUCAAUGGCUUCAUUGUCGUCGACUUGCCCCCGGAAGAGGCGAUCUCAUUCCGUAAGCUCUGCUCCAAGGGCGGCCUUUCAUACGUCCCCUUGAUCGCCCCUGCAACCUCAGAUACUCGUAUGAAGAUUCUGUGCCAGCUCGCAGACUCAUUCAUCUACGUUGUCUCCAGGCAAGGUGUUACCGGUGCCACUGGAAGCCUCAGCACAAACCUCCCCGACCUCCUCGGCCGCGUCAAGAAGUACAGUGGCAACAAGCCCGCUGCUGUCGGUUUUGGUGUCAGCACCCACGAGCACUUCCAGAGCGUCGCCGAAAUCGCCGACGGUGUCGUUGUAGGCAGCCAACUCAUCACUACAAUCCAGAAAGCCGCCUCUGGCCAAAUCGACGCCGACGUUGAAAACUACUGCGCCUAUCUCUGCGGCCGUGAUUCUCGACCAGUGCUUACUGACGAAAUUCCGUUGGUUCAAGAUGCACCCGACAACCAGGGUGCCCCCGCAGAUUCAGUAUCUGUCAACGCAGUUGUCACGGAUAGUAGCCGACUCACAGCGGAGCAGGACAGCGAUUUGGUAGCCCAGCUGGCAGCUCUUCACGGCAAAAUUCCUGAACGGUUCGGAGAGUUUGGUGGUCAGUACGUUCCAGAGAGCUUGAUGGACUGCCUGUCCGAGCUUGAGGAGGGUUUCAACCAGAUUAAGGACGACCCUGCGUUCUGGGAGGAGUACCGAUCAUACUACGACUACAUGGGACGACCAUCUCGUCUUCACUUGGCGGACCGUCUUACCGAGCACUGCGGUGGCGCUAAUAUCUGGCUCAAGCGAGAGGACCUGAACCACACCGGUAGCCACAAGAUCAACAACGCCCUGGGACAGCUGCUUCUAGCUAAGCGCCUUGGAAAGACCAAGAUCAUUGCCGAGACUGGAGCCGGCCAGCACGGUGUUGCCACUGCUACUGUUUGUGCCAAAUUUGGCAUGGAAUGUACAGUUUACAUGGGAGCUGAGGAUGUUCGUCGACAGGCCCUCAACGUGUUCAGAAUGAGACUGCUUGGCGCCAAGGUCGUGGCUGUCGAGGCCGGUAGCAAGACUCUUCGAGAUGCCGUCAACGAAGCUCUCCGCGCCUGGGUUGUUGACCUCGAAACCACCCACUACAUCAUCGGAUCUGCCAUCGGACCUCACCCCUAUCCCACUAUUGUCAGGACGUUCCAGUCCGUCAUUGGUGAUGAGACCAAGAAGCAGAUGCAGCAGAUGCGCGGCAAGCUUCCCGAUGCAGUUGUUGCCUGCGUUGGAGGAGGUAGCAACGCCGUCGGCAUGUUCUACCCCUUCGCCAAUGACCCUUCAGUGAAGCUUCUGGGUGUUGAGGCUGGCGGUGAUGGUGUCGACACGGAAAGGCACAGUGCAACCCUCAGCGGUGGAUCCAAGGGUGUUCUUCAUGGAGUCCGAACAUACGUGCUCCAGGAUAAGAACGGCCAGAUCAUUGAGACACACUCCGUUUCUGCUGGUCUUGACUACCCUGGUGUCGGACCUGAGCUGAGCUCUUGGAAGGACAGUGAGCGAGCCAAGUUCAUUGCUGCGACUGACGCCGAAGCCUUUUUGGGCUUCAGACUGAUUAGCCAGAUGGAGGGUAUCAUUCCUGCUCUGGAGUCAGCUCACGGCAUUUAUGGAGCCAUUGAGCUGGCCAAGACGAUGAAGAAGGGCGAGGACCUGGUCAUCUGCUUGAGUGGCAGAGGAGACAAGGAUGUGCAGAGCGUGGCGGAGGAACUGCCUCGCCUUGGACCCAAGAUUGGCUGGGACCUUCGAUUUUAAGAAAAGUUUGGGGUUGGAGAUUUCAUUAGCAUGUAAGAGAUUGUGGUGGCAUAAAAAAGCUUCUUUCGUCUGCAAUACUGCACUCAGGAUAUCCGGCAUUUCAAUAGUUUGUUUUUGUGCUAGUUUGUGUCAUAUAGUUGGGUUUAUUUUACAAGAGUACAUACAAUGAUAUACAAAAAAAAAUCUCUAUCAGAUUGAAUCAUUACACUUCAAGAUUUUGCUUUUCCUUUUCCACCUUGAUUUGACUAGUCCUUGCUGCCUCAUCCGCACGGUCUAUUUGCUGCAUCAACAACGCUUCCUCUUCGUCAGACAGCUCUUGGAUUCCCUCCAGAUCUGCCAAGUCCUCGUCGCCCAGCACAAAGGUCUGGUCCAAAGCAGCCCUCAUCUCAGCCAACGUAGCCUUACUCCUCAGACUCAGCGGUCCCGGAGUAGCGUAAUCGAGCGCAUACUGGAUGAUGUCGUCCCUGUCCUCCAGCUCCCUCGGCUCCAAGCCCAGCGUAACCCUCUCAUCGUUGAAGCGCUGCUGCACGGCGCGGCUCUGCAUCAGCAGCCAGCGCAGGUUCCAUCCACCGGGGCCCAGCUCCUUGAGGCGCGCGGGCUUGCUCUUGAGCAGGUAGUUCUCGAUGCCGCCUUCGCGGCGGAUGGUCUUGAGGACGCGCAGGGUGAGGCGGGUCUUGAUGCGAGCGCCGAGGGAGGGGAUGAGGAACGUCUUGACGUGGACGUUGGGGCGCCAGAGGCGGCGGGCCUUGUUGUUGUGCUUGGGGGCGACGGUGUUGCCGAAGCGGAUGCGGGCGGAGCCGUAGAGGCCGGCGUUGGAUUGCUUGUAGACGAGGCGCUGGCCGUAGGGGUACGGGGGGAUGAGGUCGCUGGGGAGGCGGUGCGGUUUGACGGUUUUGGUGAGGUGGGGGGAGGUGGUUGAGAAGGAUCGGGUCGCUGAUGACGAUGUUGUUGAUGUUGUUGACGUUAAUGAUGAUUGUCGAAGUGAGCAAGUGGUUGCUGUUGUAGAGGAGAGGCGAGAGGCGAGGGCCAUGAGAGGCCGGGCCGAUGAUGAGGGUAAUAAUG